CCGAUGACUUCCUACCCAGCUCCCAUAAACCCGACCCGAACCCGAAUAGGAUGGAUAGGAACCGGCGUAAUGGGCGGCGCCAUGGCCUCUCGCCUUCUCUCCGCUGGCUAUUCCGUCACAAUCUACGCUCGAAAUCCUUCUAAAGUUGUUCAUCUUCAAUCCCAAGGUGCACUUCUUGCUGAUUCCCCAGCUGAUCUCGCACGCAACAGUGAUGUUAUUUUCACUAUGUUGGGUCACCCAUCAGAUGUUCGACAAAUUGUGUUAGAGAGUUUGAUUUCAUCUCUUGAUCCCAAUAGCGUCAUUAUUGAUCAUACCAGCAGUCAUCCAGUCCUCGCUAAGCAAAUCUUUGAUGCCGCCCGAGAGAAGAAUUGCUGGGCUGUUGAUGCCCCUGUGUCUGGAGGAGAUACUGGGGCGAGGGAAGGGAAAUUGGCAAUUUUGGCUGGUGGAAAUGAGGAUGUGGUGAAGUGGUUAAACCCUUUGUUUGAUGUGUUGGGUAAGGCGACUUUUGUGGGUGGACCAGGAAAGGGGCAAAGCUGUAAAAUUGCGAAUCAGAUUGUCGUUGGGGCGAACUUGAUGGGGUUGAGUGAAGGAUUGGUGUUUGCGGAGAAGGCGGGGUUGGAUAAGAGGAAGUUUGUGGAGGCAGUGAAGGGAGGAGCAGCUGGUUCUAUGGUUAUGGAGUUGUUUGGAGAAAGAAUGAUUGGGAGAGACUUUAGGCCUGGUGGGUUUACAGAGUACAUGGUAAAGGAUUUGGGAAUGGGUUUAGAUGUUGGAGCAGAGCAGGGUGACGACGUUGUGGUGUUGCCUGGUGCUGCAUUGAAUAAGCAGUUGUUUUCUGCAAUGGUUGCUAAUGGAGAUGGGAAGCUUGGCACUCAAGGGCUUAUUACUGUUAUAGAGAGAAUCAAUGGCAAGUGAGAUUACGAAAUCUUAAUCUUGUGCCAAUGUUCUUGU